ACUCAGCAACUGUAACGACUACCGGUGAUAGAAAACCCUCCUUCUCUUCAUUAAGCAAAAUGAAAUCCUCCUAGUAAUCCUUCAGCUCACAUUACCAAGAAAUUAUCUACUAGGUCGCACAUAGUCUCAAAUAAGUUCGUUUUUUGGAGCUAAAGAGUUAUGAACCUGAAAUACAGGGUGAAGGAUCUUUUCCAUCCUGUUUCCGAAGAGAUGCAGGCAGCUGCGAAACAAGGCACUUCUUCUACUCCUCCAAGGAACAGCGGCAAUUGCAAUGUUAGUUCGUCUCCUUCAGCUUCCGGCCCGACGAAGAAGCAGAGGAUCAGCAUCAGGGGCGGGUUGAUAAGCCGCAAGGAAGCUCCAAUUCAAGCCGCUCUAAGCAUCGACGAGUUGAAGCUCAAACAGGCCGAGGAGUCGCUGAGGACCGUCAUGUACCUCAGCUGCUGGGGCCCCAACUCAUGAUUUUUAAACUGAUCGAAAUUGCCUUAGGCCCCUUUGUGUCUCUAUGUUUUUUACUUCACGAGUGGUUAGCAAUUCAGAUAGCGAGAGUUUGCUCUGUAGGUGGAGCUAUAUGAUCUCAUCAUAUCUCUCAACAUGUCAUCGUGUAACAGCAUAAUUUUGUACAGAUGCAUAAAGCUAACGUUUUUAA